CAUUGACAUCUUAAAUUGUUUCAUAUUACACACUUCGUGAUGAUAUUUGGAAUAGAUUGUUUUGUUAAAUAAUAGUAAAAAUGUUGACGAUUUCUCAGGAAACAAAUUGGGACGAAUUAAAAUAUAUUAUCUCGAAAGGUGAUGGUGUUGAAUGCCGGGAGGCAUUAAUAAAAAUCAAAGAUGCCGUCAUUGGUAGCAAUAGACAAAAAGGUGCGCUUAUAUCGCAUGAACUGGUUCCUGUUAUACUUAACACUUGUAUCGACCAAGAUCAAAGCCCGGAUCGGAAAAUGGAUGCACUAGUUAUAUUAGGUUCUUUAGCGAAAGGUUCGGACGGGCAAGUAGAAUUAUUAGUGAAACAGUAUAAUGUCGUACCCUAUUUGCUAAAGGAAAUUGUUUCAAGAAAUAAUAGUAAAAAGUGUGUUGAAAUAUGUCUGAGCACCUUGCGUUCGAUAUUUGAACAUCCAUGUGCUCCAAAGGAAAAUUUUUUAGCAGACUCGGAAGUGUUGAAGCAUCUUUUGCGACUAGCUACCUCAAGUAGCUCAUUGAAAACACAAAUAUGUAUAACAAGCAUACUAGUGUCAGUAUGUCAAACUAACGAAGAUCAACUGCGGCUUCUGCAUGCUGGAACCCUACAUAUCUUAUCUCGAAUGAUUUGCUAUGAUAAUGAGGAUGUACAAAUACCGGCGCUACGUUGUUUAUCAUGCAUGUGCUAUUCAAAUCGAUCAGUAGCAGACAAUAUUUGUGUCAUUAGUUUUCAAGGGAGAUCUUUACCAGAUAUCUUAAAUUCACUUAUGUCACGACUAUUUUGUCCAGAAAUACAGUUAACUGCAGCAAGAUGCUUAACCUAUGUAUACAGGUCAGGCACGCUGCCAUCAACGGAUAAUAGAAUAUCGCAAAAAGCGCUUCCCACCUUAGCCCGUUUAUGCGCCGAUAGUUUUGAUCAUUCAAUAAGAGCGUCAGCGUCCGAAACGCUAGCAUAUCUGAUAGAGAUUGAUUCAGAACUUCAACGCACAGCGGCGAUAACGAAUCAUUUACUUAAAUCGCUAUCGGAUUUGCUCCAAUGUCAAGAAUCCUCUGUUAAACAGGCGGCGCUAGGCUGUUUUGCAUCAUUAGGUGCCAACGAUGAGGCAAUCAGAAAACGUCUGAUGGACACAUUUGGUGUAAUUAAUGCUGUAUUAAAUGGUCUCAAAGAUAAUAACUCAAAGGUAAAACUAGCUGCGAUAAGAUGUCUGCAUUCGCUUUCGCGAUCUGUUCAGCAGUUACGCACCACAUUUCAAGAUUACACACUUUGGGAACCGCUAAUGAGCAUAUUCGGAGCUGAAACAUCUGUUGAAUAUUUAGUUUCUGCCACUUCAGCCAUUUGCAACCUACUCUUGGAAUUCUCACCCUCCAAGGAAUUUAUUAUUAAUGCUGGUAUUAUUGACAAAUUGUGUCAAUACACAUUGCAUACGAAUCCCUCCGUAAGAUUAAAUAGCGUAUGGGCAUUAAUGAAUAUGUCAUUUCAGUCUGAGAUAUAUGUGAGAACCGAUAUUAUCAAUACUCUUGGUAUGAAAAGAAUAUUAGAGUUGGUCUAUGAUACUGAUACGAAAAUUGUGAUGAAAGCAUUAGGGCUGUUUAGAAAUUUAGUAUGUAAAAGUCAUAUUAUAGAAAUGAUUAUGAACGUGCAUUCGUCUCAAGUGCUUGAUGUUAUAAACAAUUUACUUGAAUCUGAUCAAUCAACGGAAAUUAAGGAGCAAGUAUUUUGUGUUGUUGCUAACAUAGCGGCCGAAGCUGAGAAUACUGAUUAUAUAUUAAUGGAUAACAGACUCAUGGGCCAUUUGUCGGAAUGUUUGUUUCAUCCGGAUAAAAAAAUACAAAACGGCGCAAUUCUUACAAUUCAUAAUAUUGUACAACGGAAGGAGUCAAUGUCAAGGGAAAAGUAUUCUCGUCUAAGUGAAACGAAUAUCAUUAAAAAUAUUUAUGAAUUAAAUAGGAGAUCUAUAAAGAACAAAGCACAAUUUGAAGACUAUACAUACAGAAUUUUAAAACUAAUUGUUAUAAAAUGUAAAAAUGCCUACCCGGAGAAUUUACAGUAAUUAUUGAUACAAAAAAAUAUAUAUACACACACAAUAAUAUAUGUACAUAUUAUUAAUACUAUUCUUACUCAAAUAGUUUUUAUGUUUUCAAACAGUUUUCCUUGUUGAAAUAUACUGUAGCAUUUUCAA